CCUCCUCUCUCUCUCUCUCUCUCUCUCUCUCUCCAUGCUUCAUGCUUGAGAUCGACUCCCACUACGUUACAACUGUUGCUGUGCCUUCUCGGGGUCGGGCUUCACUGUUCUGCAGAUUCAAUUUUCAAUCUUCGGGUUAGUAUGAUCGGCUCUCUCACUCUGCCAUGCUUGCUCAUUUGUAUAAGCAGAAUGGUUGCCAGAUCAAUAGGACCUUAGCCCUGCUGCUUGGUCAUGGAUUUUGAGCCCCUGAGCAUAGGAAACGAGGUCGUAGAGUUUGAGGUCGGUGAUUCGGCCGGCGAGGACGACGGCACCGGCCUCGACUUACGACACCCUGACGAUUUAGUCGAGAGGUCCGCGUCGUCCGGUGCUGGUGACUUGUCGAGUUCCGAUGUGGACCCUAUUCUGGAGCCUUGCGAGGGCAUGGAGUUCGACUCCGAGCAGGCCGCGAGGAUUUUUUACAACUCGUAUGCUCGCCGAACAGGUUUCGGCACCCGGGUCAGUGUGUACCAGCGGUCGCGGCGGGAUGGCUCAAUCAUGUGCCGCCACGUCGUGUGCUCUCGUGAGGGGUUCCGUCGCGGGGGUAGCGAGAGUAAGUCCAAGCGGCGGCGUACCGUCACUAGAGUUGGGUGUAAGGCUCAAAUAACCGUGAAGAAGCAGAGUUCUGGGAAAUGGGCUGUUUCGAAAUUUGUCAAAGAACAUAAUCACGAGCUUGUGCCGCCUGAUAAGGUGCAUUGCCUACGGUCGCAUAGGCAUGUUUCUGGUCCUGCUAGGAGUUUGAUAGAUACUCUUCAAGCGGCGGGAAUGGGACCAAGCGGUGUGAUGUCUGUGCUGAUUAAGGAAUCUGGUGGCGUAAAUAGUGUUGGCUUUACUAAAAUUGAUUGCCAGAAUUAUAUGAGUAGUAGUAGGCAGAGGACACUUGGAAGCGGGGUUCAACUUGUCCUUGAUUAUUUGAAGCAAAUGCAGGCUGCGGAUCCUGGUUUCUUUUGUGCUGUCCAGGGUGAUUUUGACAAUCUGGCUGGGAACAUCUUUUGGGCUGACGCAAGCUCGAGAAAGAAUUAUGCCUAUUUUGGAGACACGGUCAAUUUCGACACCACGUACAGGAUGAAUCGCUACCGAGUCCCAUUUGCCCCAUUUACUGGGUGGAACCAUCAUGGACAGCCUGUAUUAUUUGGAUGUGCCUUGCUCCGCAAUGAGUCAGAGUCAUCAUUUAUUUGGCUAUUCCAGACAUGGCUUGAUGCUAUGUCGGGUAGCCAUCCUGUAUCUAUCACAACAGAUCAGGAUAGAAUUAUUAGGUCAGCAGUGGCUCAUGUGUUGCCUGGAAGUCGUCACCGCUUUUGUAGGUGGAAUGUAUUUAGGGAAGCUCGGGAGAAAUUGUCAGAUGUUUACUGCUCACAUCCAAAUUUUGAAGCGGAGUUUCAAAGGUGUGUAAAUAUCACAGAGACUGUCGAAGACUUUGAAUUAUGUUGGGAAUCCCUCCUUGAAACAUAUGGUCUCAGAAAUAAUGAAUGGCUUCAAUUGAUGUAUAAUGCUCGGCAAAAAUGGGUGCCUGUUUUUCUAAUGGAUACAUUUUUUGGAGAGAUGUCAAUAAUGCAAGGAAGCGAUAGCAUAAACUCCUACUUUGAUGGAUAUAUCAAUGCAUCUACAAGUAUCCAGGUAUUGAUAAGGCAAUAUGAAAAAGCAAUUGCCGGAAGGCACGAAAAAGAAAUCAAAUCUGAUUAUGAGACCCUACAUACUGCACCUGUUCUGAAAACACCUUCUCCUAUGGAAAAACAAGCAGCAAAUGUCUAUACAAGAAAGAUAUUCAAAAAAUUUCAGGAGGAAUUAAUUGAGACUCUGGCUUAUCCAGCAACCAUCAUUAAAGACAUGGAAUUGGAAGCUGUGUAUCGAGUUGCCAGAUUUGGGGAAGACCACAAAGCUCACUUUGUUAAGGUUGACGUUUUCAGCAAGAAAGCUUGUUGUAGCUGCCAAAUGUUUGAAUUUUCUGGUAUCAUGUGUAGGCAUAUACUAGCGGUUUUUAGAGUAAUGAACGUCCUUACACUUCCACCUCAGUAUAUUUUAACUCGGUGGACAAGAAACGCCAAAAGCGAGUCAUUACCAGAUGACUAUAUGGUCGGAUUCCCAAGUAAUCUGCAGGAGUCCUUAACGGCAUGUUAUGAAAAUUUACGCCGCGAAGCCAUCAAAUAUGUAGAGGAUGGGGCAAAAUCCAUACAUAGCUAUACUGUGGCCAUGGAUGCUCUACAAAUAGCCGCACAAAAGGUUGCUGCCUCUAAGAAGUGUGGUUUGGGACUUGAACAGAAAACAUUGAUAAAAGGAUGCCAGAUUCAAUCAUCUCGCUGUACAGAACAGGAUGAGAAGAUACAGGAACUUACUUCUGAGUUGGCAAAUGCAAGUCUGCAAUGUGAAGAAUAUCGAAGAAAAUUACUUGCAGUUUUGAAAGACAUGGAGGAACAAAAGUUGAAAAUAUUGGUAAAGGUUCGAAACGUGAGGCUCAAUCUAAAAGGCUGAAUGAAAGGUGCAAUGUCAUUCCGCUCCUCUGUAAUAUAGUGUAGCAUAGCAGAUUUGAUUUGCUGUACGUUAUUGGGUUAAGUUCUUCCCCUUCGACCCCGUCCUGUAUCAUCUAAGCUUUGGAGACCACACUAUUCACAAAGUUUUUCCCCUUUGAAAGGAAUAGGAAAGUACUUACCCAUGGCAGAUCAACGGAUGUAAAGUUAGAAUAACUUUUGUGAUGGGCGAAGAUCGGAUGUUGCAGAAUGUAGGUGGUGUUGACGGUGGCUGUUCACUGUAAUUUAGCCAGGUAAUCCACUCUGCACGGUGUACUUGUACCUGUUUCGUAUAGUUAUAAAUAUAACAGGUUUUGUGAA